AUGCUGCUGCUGCUGCUGCUUUGGGGUUUAAUAAACCAGCAUGCAUCGCCAGCAACCAUUCCUUCUUCUGUCCGCAGAAAGAGAGAGUUUCUGCUCAAGGAUAUGCAGAGUUGGAGUCGCGCAUCUUUGUAUGAGAAGCUGCAGCAGCAGGGAGCAGCAGCAGCAGCAGCAGCAGCAGCAGCAGCAGAAACAAGCGCAGCACCGCAGCCAGAGGGGCCCUGGCGCUGCGUCUCCUGCGGGAAGAUCUGUCUCUACUCUUACUACAUACUCAAACCCGGCGGCACUGCUGGUGUAUCUCUGGGUGUGAUAGACAGCUGCGUGUGGUGUCUGCGCUGCCACGCCGAGGGUCGAUACCCCCACGUCUUAACAGCCCGCAACUUCGUCAAAGUGGAUUUGCUUAUUGCGGGCUCAACGGGAGACGGCAGCGACUGGCAGCUAGAUGAAACAGAACGCCUCAUCGAGGCGAUAGAGACACUAGUUGAGGGUUAUCGUAGCCUUCACAAGUCAGAGAUUAAGGCUUCAAGGUAUUUUGAGCUUAGGGUGGAUUUGCUUAUUGCGGGCUCAACGGGAGACGGCAGCGACUGGCAGCUAGAUGAAACAGAACGCCUCAUCGAGGCGAUAGAGCUGCACAAAGACGACUGGGUUUCUGUUGCUGCUCACGUGGGGGGUGUACGUACACCCCAGCAAUGUGUAGAGAGGUUUAUACAGCUACCAACACAAGAACCCUUCCUAGAAACCACCAAACAUGUCACCAGCGGUACUGAGCAAACCCCUUUCUCUACAUUCGCAAACCCUCUUCUUUCGCUGCUGGCGUUUCUUUCUUCUGUUGUGCAUCCAUCUGUUGCUGCUGCAGCAGCAAGAGCAGCACUGCAGCAGACAAUAAAUAUCUCUGUCUCUAAGGAUUCAAUCACCAGCAGCAGCAGCAGCAGCAGCAGCAGCAGCAGCAGCAGCAGCAGCAGCAGCAGUGGGAGCGGGAGCGGGAGCAAGGGGAGCAGCAGCAGAAACAGCAGCAGCAAAGGGAAUGCAGAUGCUGCUGCAGCAGAAACACAAACUGCAGCAGCAGCAGCACCAGCAGCAGCAGCAACAGCAGCAGCAGCAGCAGCAGCAAAAGCAGCAAGAGAGACAGAAUCUAACGGGGUAAAUGUAAAACAAGAAGGUAGUGGUGCUGCUGCAGACACCAGCAGCAGCAGCAGCAGCAGCAGCAGCAGCAGCAGCAGCAGCAGCAGCAGCAGCAAGGAGCUGUUGGUGGGUGAGGAAGCACUCCAAAUAGCAGCAGCAACAGCACUAGCAGCAGCAGCAGCAAGUGCAGCAGAACUGCAGCAAAUAGAAGAACAAAACCUGGGGUGUCUGCUCAGCUCACUAACAAAACUACAAAUGAAAAAAGUUUCAAUAAAACUAAAAAAACUGCAAACCCUCAAAGAAACAGUAGAAAAAAAUAAACAAAUCAUGGAGAGCCGUUUGUCUCAGCUCAUUGGGGAGCACUCUGAGCUCAUGGCGGAGCUCGAAGGCAAAAGAAACCUAGCGUAA